AUGGACCCUCCUAGGAAACGAGUAUUGCCUGCACCCCUACCAGACGGUUUUACACUGACAGACAAAGAGAAGAAGCGAUGGAGACUGGGCAGAAUAAUUGGCCAAGGAGGCUUUGGAAUUUUUAAUUUUUUAAUUAUCUACCUAGCUUCGCACGACGUGGACACGCCUGUUGGGGAGAACUCUAACUUUGUGAUUAAAGUGGGGUACCAUGAGAAUGGGCCUCUGUUUUCUGAGCUCAAGUUCUAUCAGAGGUCAACUAAACCUGAGAACAAUGAGUGGAAGAGGAGCAAGAAGCUGGACUUCCUGGGGAUCCCUGCAUACUGGGGAUCAGGACUGGCAGAACACAACCGAACCAGGUACAGGUUCAUGGCGAUGGACCGUCUGUGCAGUGACCUUCAGAAGGUGUGUGAGAGAAAUGGUAGCAGGCUAAAGAUAGACACAGUGCUACAGCUAGGACGUGUCCUGCUGGAUGUGCUUGAGUAUAUCCAUGACAACAAGUAUGUCCAUGCAGACGUAAAGGCUGCCAACCUAAUGCUUGGUCACACAGACCCAGACAAGGUGUACCUGGCUGACUACGGCCUGUUCUACAGGUACAGCCCAGAUGGAGUACACAAGGAGUACAAGGAAAACCCAAAGAAGGGACACAACGGAACCAUAGCGUACACCAGCAUAGAUGCUCACAAUGGAGUUGCUCCAUCUAGACAUGGGGACCUGGAGGUGUUGGGCUUCUGUCUGCUCCACUGGCUGUGUGGGGCAGACUUGGGUGGAGCUUACACAGAAAGCGGGCUGAGCUAG